AUGCGGGCGGGCAGCGGCCCUCCGGCCCGGCGCAGGCCGCAGAGGUCAGAGGGCAGCCGCCUGGGCUUGGCCUCGCGGUCGGGCUGCUGCCCCCGGGCUGGGCAGGGGGACCUCAGUCGCCAAGGCCCCUGUCGGCAGUGCCUCUGGGCUGGUGCAGAGGGCCGUUCAGAGCCAGCGCAGCGCCGGGUGCGGCAGGGCCGCGGAGGAGCCCGAGGGCGGAUCUGUAGGGGGCCGCCGCCUCGGAAGCGGGGCCCGGCUGGGGAGGCUGAGCUGCACCUCGCCGUCGCUGCCAGCGAGACCAGGGCCGUCCGGCAGCCCGGAACCGCGGAAGACGAGCAGGGCGGGGCCAGGGACCGGUGCCCGCUGGGGCCCCGGGGCGGAUCCAAGAGAAGGGGGGGGGCAACGCGGAUCCUGCCGCCCGGGUCUGCUCCCGGGGGCCUAGUGCGGGGGUCGCGCUCCUCCUCGAAGCGCCAGACCCGCAUGGGCCCCGCAGCCCGGGCUUGGCUUUGCUCGCCGUCGCGUCCCCCACGAGGCAGGAAGCGGCGCCCACCCGGCCCGCGGGCCCCGCAGAGAGCGCCGGGCGGCGGCCCCUCUGCAGCCACGUGGCCGCCGCCGCCUCCCUCCCGCUCUCCGUUAGUCCCCCGAGGAGCGUCGAAUCCUCCACCCCCCGCCCCCGAAAGGACGCGCCGUCGCAGGCCCGUCGGACGGAGGCGGCGUUAUGGCGCCCCCUGGCGGCUUCGCGGGGAACGGCUGGGAGGGGCCGAAAGCUGCGCAAGCGCAGGAGCGUUGGCACGGGAGGCGGAGGAGGGGCCGCCACCGGCUCCUGGGGCGCCAGAGGUUGAGCUCGAGCGCGGCGGCGGCCGGCAGAAGCGCUGCAGCCGCAGGGCGAGGGGGCGCCCACGGGUGGGGCGUGGGCUGCAGAGCGGCCGGCAGCGACUUCGGCCCUGCUCUCUGGCGCGCGUUCCCUGCGGCCUGCAAGCGCCGGACGCGCAGGGGCCUCCCCGCCUCUUUGGUCUCCGCUGUUGUGCCGCUUGA